AUGGUUGCCAACCUGAUUGACGUCCAUGUCGUGCUGGAGCAACCGAUGUCAUCGGUGUUCGACGAAUUACCAUUCUUGGCCGACUACAUGGCGAGGAUGAUCCGGGUGCCGACAUGGCUCGGCAGUUUCGGGGCCCCCACGGCGAAACCUUUGAAGUUGUUCACGACAUCGGACAAGUUUCGAGGGCUGAGGCGGUCGAUAUCGAGGAUCGGUCAGCCGCUGGCAAAGCUCUACACCACCACGCAUGGCAAGACUUCUGGGAAGAAAACGCACAUGAAGGACAGCGAGAAAUACACGAAGGAGUUCGCGGCUGCGGUCGACUCAACCCUCCUGGCCCAGGUUAUGGCGGCAGCAUCCGGGGAGCUCGGUGGGGGGCCACCGCAAGCAGAUGUGCGCCUCGCUGAUUUGGAGGACGACAUCGGAGUCGCGGGGUCACCGCAGAAGUUGCCGCCUCGCAGGGGCAAGGGCGGCGUGAACAUCUUCGACGACGAGACCAAGGCCACAGGGGCUGAUGCGGACGUGGUCUACUGGCACCACAAGUGCCGCGGCGCGGCCAGGUACCUGGAGAACGCCGCUCUUGCUCGCGACGCCCGGGAGCACGAUCCCGCUAAGAAGGUGCACAUGAGGAACUUGCGCGACGUGGAGAAGAACAACGUGACCCUCUGGCGGAAACAAGUGCUGGGCCUCGUCGUUGAAGACGGCCGCUAUCGGACUGCCGUGCAUAGGGACGCUGCCACCAAAAGCUUGGACACCCUGGAAACCUACAGCAGGAAGGAGCAGCUCGACGACGUGAUCAUGCUCGACUUCGAUGAGUUCUGCGCCCACCAUGCGUUCUGGAAGCGGUGGGAUGACGCUCGGUGUGAAAUCGAGUGGGACGCUGCCGUGAACGACCCGAGGAUCCUCAAGGAGGGCGAAGGGGUGAACCUCAGGGUCCCUGUUGCUCUGCCGAAGAAGUACAGGGGCAUCCAGGGCGUCGGGGAGAGUUCGGCCAUCCAGUCCGAGAAGGCACACGAAGGCAAGGAUGACAUCCAGCGGGCCAUGCAGCGGGUGAGAUCCGCCGCGAGCGGGUCGUCUGACCAGCUUGCGAACAUGGGUGGCCAGGCUCAGGCAGCUCUUCGUGUUGGCGCAGCUUUUCGCGGCGCGUCCUGGGGUCGUGGCGACGCAGCGGUGUUCCAAGACAAUCAUUUUAGCGUCUUCGGUCACGACUUCCUCUCCAACAGCUGCGGUCCAGCCCGCGGGGGCGCGCCGCUUGUGCAUGGCGUUCCAGCGCCCUGCCUGUCCCCGGCACCUCUCGUUGGCGGCGACGGGCAGCCUGCAACGUCGUCUGGGACGGCUACGCCGCUCGUGGCCGCGGGGGCCGGUGCUGCGCCAGGAACGCCGUUCGGAAUGCCAGUGCCGCCCGCAGAGACGCUGUCGGCGGCGAAGCCCAAGAAGGUUUGGACGGGCCCAGAGAUCUCCGCUGCCAAGAAGAAGCUGGGGGUCGACAUCACGGGCCUCCUGAAUGAGGUCUACCCGCCCAAGAGAGGAGGCUUCCUCAGGACCGCGCAGAACUUCGCCACGUCGCUCGGCGCAAAGUACCAGCAUAUGCUCAUUGAUGAGGUCGUGGCGGUAAACAUUACGGAGCUCGAGGCCGCGAUCAAGGAGAUCUCCGACAAGAAGAAUGCCGUGCCGAACUGCCCAGCGUCGAAGUUCGAGGAUAUGCAGGAGGAGGUGGCGGAUCUCGAGUCGACAGUUCAGCGCCUUGCCAGCCAGCUGAACGCAAGCAUGACUAAGAUCAAAGAUCACCAUGCCGCGACUCAGAAGAAAAUCAAGAGCGACGCCGCGAAGGAUCGGUAUCGACUCAACCAGUCAACCAAGCGAUUCACAGACAAGGGCUGCACUUUGAAGAUAGCCCAGCACCUGGACAACAUCGAGAAAGAGACGAAGAAUGGCGUGAAGGCGUCCUUGGUGAAGCCCAUGCUCGACGAUGCCGAGACGAAGGCCCUGGCGUCUAAGGGGCCCGGGCUCAUCGACCUUGCGAAGAACACGAACCUCAAUGAGCUCGUGAAGUUCUGCGACGCGGAGUUCCAGGAGAGGGCCAAGAGGCUCAUCGACCAUCUCAAAGCAGCCAACGGCAAGGGCAACCUGCAGCACGCCGUGACGAUUGAGCCUUCUACUCGCUACCUGGAGCUGUACAAUGUGCUGUUUGACAACGUCGUGGAAGGCGUCCCAGACUGCAUGCUCUUCCCCUGGAACGUCGGGAUCGCGGAGAACGCGUGCAGGUCGGGCUUCGACUGCACUGGCUUGGCGGGCCUGCCGCAGGUAGUCUACUGCGUCGCUGGGGAGGCCACGGUGCUCUUGGCUGACAUCGCGCAGCUCAUCCAGGGCGACGGCCAAGAAAUGGACGAUUUGGCCAAGCUCAUUACCCUAUUGGAAGGCUGCACGCUCGAGAUGCUUGGCGAUCGCUUGCGAUGGAUUGUGCUCGAGAAGGGCCAGCUCCUCUGGGUGCCUGCGGCAUUCGUGCCAUUCUAUAAGACCGCAACCAAGGGGGGGUGCGUCGUCUCCCAGAUCCCUGCGCUCAAUAAGCUCAACGUGGCGGCUGAUGGUCCCUUGGUCCAAACCUGGAAAAUGAUCAUCGACUCGCUGGCGAAGCACGCCUCCUUGCGGAAAGAUUGCAAUCCGUGGAAGAAGAUCUCAGACAAGCUGCCCAAACUGUGCGAUGCGAUCCAGAGGGAGGUCAAGCCCGAGCUCGACGUGAAGAAGGACGACGACGGCUCCAAGCUCGGCGUGAAGGACGACGACGGCUCCAAGCUCGACGCAGAGAAGGGCGACGGCUCCAAGCUCGACGCAGAGAAGGGCCCCGAGGACAGCUCCAAGGCGCCCGCGGGGGUCGGCGACGGCCGCGACAGCAAGGGCACCGAGGCGGGCACGCCCGCUGGGCCGAGCGGCGCGGCCGCCGCGCAGCGGCAGAGCUGCGACGCCAGCCGCAGCGCUUCAUAUUUGUUUGAGAACUCGUUCUCUGACCGCCACCUCAUAAAGUUCACCAACUUCACCGAGUUCACCGACCCCUUCAAGUUCACCACUUGCGACGACCCGUUCGGCAAAAUGUCGCACGUUUCGGAUCUCCGCGUCGAGUGGGUCGAGGUGGCCGCUCCCGCGUGGACCGUGCUUCUGAAGGGGCGCAACUGCGCCGGGGGGCACCUGAGCCGCCUCGAGGCGGAGUCGCACUCCCAGAUUGUCGUCGACAGGAACGAGCCGCGAGUCCGCGUGGCCGGGACGGCCAGCCAGGUUGAGGAGGCGCAGGCCUGGCUGCUGAGGCUGCGCGAGGAGUGCAGUUCCACCCAGGUGUGGCUGGGCAACCUCGCCCAGCCCCCGGAGAGGCUCGUGGCGCGCGCCGAGGCGGGCAAGGUCGGCGUCCGCGUGCAGAUCGUGUCCCGCGGGCAGGGGUGCGGCAGCCAGGCGCUCGUGCAAGGGCUCUCCGGCGAGGUGCAGCGCGCGGCCCAGUUCCUGCGCGAGGCCACCGCCGCGGGGCGCCCCACGGGCGAGGCCCCCGCGCCGCCGGUGG